AACGGUUAUGUAUGUGAUGAAGAGAUGGCUACCAAAGUUGUUUUGAUAACUGGUUCUUCCAGCGGCAUAGGACUGGCCACUGCUGUUUUGCUCGCUUACGAUACCGAAAAAAGGUUCAAAGUGUAUGCAACAAUGAGAAAUCUUGCGAAGAAGCAGCAACUCGAGACAGAAGGUAAAGAUUUUCUUGCAGACACCUUGAUCGUCAAGCAGCUGGAUGUUUGCGAAGACGAUUCGGUGAACAAGGCGGUCAAAGACGUAAUCGAGCAAGAAGGCAGAAUUGAUGUUCUGAGUGAGUAAUGUAUGUAGACAAGAUGAGAAACUAUUGUCUCGUAUUUAUUAAAUGUGGAUGAAUGCUGUUCAAGUGGUUUCAAACUGUACUUGUGCAGUCAUACAGCUUCUCUGUAGAUUUAUAAUGUUCAUUAUUAAAGUACCUUAUUCUCCUUUAUUUUCGCGGGACUUAAAUUUCGCGAAAAUUUUCUCAGCACAUUUCGCGAGUCUUUAAUUUCGCGAUCGCGGAGAAAAAUUGUGUUUGCAGGGAAUUUAAUUUCGCGAAAUUGACGAUUAAGUCCACGUUUACAAAGAAAUUUGGAAGCCCAUCGUCGGGGAACUUUUGAGAUGUUCUCACGAACGAAACAAUAUCUACGAUCGUUACGCAAUCGCAGCUAACAAACGGCUCCGUGCUCACCUAGCCGAUUCGAUUAUGGGCCAUUUGCCCAGAGAUAUUUCUAGAGCAACUCGCUUUUUCUUAUUAAGAGGUGAGAUGGUUUAUCUUAAAGGUACUGAUGAAAACUAUCAUCGAUCCCCAUUGAUUGAGGGAGGUCUGGAAAUUCCUGUUGAGGUGAUAUGUGAAAUGGACGAUACACCAAAAAACAGGGCAAUAAUGGAAAGAUACAAGACACUCGUAACUACACACUACAAGGAGCCGGGACAGAAUGGUCAAUUUGACGACUGUACAAAGGAUGUUUUGGAGGAACUGUGCGAAGAUGAUUACUCAGAUGCCGAAGAAGAACUUGAGGCGAAUCUUGACACUGAUUAACAUCUAAAGUUGAUAAAUGAUAGCUCCUAGUACUAACACCUUGUGUUAAAAAUUGUUUAGGACCCUUGAAAACACCACUGCAUGAUUUUUCUAUGUCCAUUAAAUUUAGCGAGAUCAAAGUUCGCGGUCGUUUUUUUUUCGCGGGUCUUUAAGUUCGCGAAUUUUUUAAAAUCGCGAAAAUCGCGAAUUUAAGAACCCGCGAAAAUUAAGGAGAAUAAGGUAAAUCAGUACUGCAAAACUUCAAUUCGAUCACGGCCAACUAUUUAGAUAAACAUAAUAACAAUAACAAGGGAAAUUCUUAGAGACUAUUUGGCAAAUUGGGCCUGACGUGAUUAAUAGGAUCUGUCAAACAUGCAAAUUUCGCUAUUUUAUUUAACCUCUUGAGAGCAAGUGACCAUAUGUCGUUGCGUUAUGCAAGCGUUUGCAACUAAUAAUGUGAUGGACCGUGAUGUGUUGAUAUAAUUAUGUUACUGAACUGGAUUGUACCUCAACAUUGCCAUUCACACCUGAAACAUUUGUCUCCUGCCUUCCUCCAUCCACGUUGGUAAAGGAAUUGCAAAAUGCUUACCUUCAUACCAUAGUGCUGAAAAUAACAACCCUCAACUAAUGCCGAUCUUAGGCCUAGUGAGUACUUAAGAGAGUGUCUCUGUAAGAGCGGUCCGGUCGAUUUUCCUUGAGACACAGAUUUAGCUCAUUUCUUGUGUGUUGUAAGACAUUCAUGUACCUAUACUAAAACCACAAUCCGUUUGAUCGGAUCUCUUUAUUUUUCAGAGUUUUACGGAAAUUAAAUUUCCCUCGAGCGAAGGCCUGUCGUGACACUUUUCAAGACGUUAAUUUGAGGCAACUUUGCCGGACAAUUUACAACAAACUACGGAACUCAGCAAAAAACAAAUACCACAGCCAUGUAUAUUAACACUAUCUUAUCCAUCGACGCGACAUUCGUGAACAUCACGUUUCAAUCAAGCAAACAGGAAGACUUGAACGACACCUUAUCGGUUCGCUUAAGUCACACACGCGAAAACCGAUCAAAUUCAAGGCACAUUUUUGAAAAAGUGAGGCGUUGUUAACUGAUCCAACUAAUAUAGCUAGGAAGUAGGUGCCAUAGAAAAGGUAACUACGGAAAAAAACUUUGCGGCCCGACCUUUACUAAAACUUUAUAACUGCGUGAACGUACCUCAUUUUCGGCAAUCUCCAAGGUUUGCCGCCAUUUUGAGGGACUUGUCAACAUGAAGCGUAGCAGAUAUAAAUCGAGCAGGUAGAUCUAAAACAGUCAGAAAUACAUACGAAAGUAUUCAAAUGAACUUCACUUUCAAUUCAAGGGGCAAAAUUUGUCACUGUUCGUUAAACCUACCAUUCCUACAUCCCCAUGCGACCAUUUCUUCCAACAAUUCAAACACUACAACUAGUGACCACUAGUGUUCGAAUUUCCCUUGUCGAUUCCACCGUAAGAAAUAACCUGUGCCC